AGGCAGGUCUGGGCAGGAGAACUCGGUGCAGGGCGGGGCCGGGGCGGGCGGGAGGAGGCCGGCCCCCUGGUAGGAAAUGAGCCGGGGCUGGAAUAACACUUUAAAGGCCUGACGCCCUCUUCCUCCUCGCAUCCCCUGGUCACCUUCCAGCUCCUCCGUCCAGCUUCCUCUCCUCCCAGGCGGUCCUCGCUCGCCUCGGUGCUGUCAGUGGGAGCCCCCCAGCCUGCCAAAGCCAGGAGUGCAGGUGGGAUCGAGGUCCCAGGAUGUGGAGAACAUUGCUGCCCCUGCUGCUGCUACUGACGCUGCCCCGCAGGGCCCUUUGUGUCCAGGAAACUUCCGACGGUGCUCGGAGCCUCCACAUGCUCCAGAUCUCCUACUUCCCGGACCCGGGCCGAGUGAGGUACCAGGGCAACGCGUCGCUGGGCGGGCAGCUGACGCACGUGCUGGAAGGCUGGGACUCCAACGUCUCCGUUCUCCAGCUGCACCCCCUGCAGGAGCCCCAGCGCUGGGAGCGCACGGAGGAGAGCGUGCGGCUCUACCUGAGCAACUUCCACGACCUGGUGCGGCUAGUACACCAGGAGCGGGGCGUGGCCUUUCCUCUGACCGUUCGCUGCUUCCUGGGCUGUGAGCUGCCUCCUGAGGGCUCUCCAGUCCACACCUUCUUUGAAGUGGCUCUGAAUGGGAGCUCUUUCGUGAGUUUCCAACCAGAGGUUGCAUGUUGGGAGGCAGGGCCCCAGGUCACCUCUGCAGUGGCCAUCUACACCCUGCGUCAGCUCAACGCCUACAACCGGACUCGGUAUGAACUGCAGGAUUUCCUGCAGAACACCUGUGUGCAAUACGUGGAAGAGCACCUCCCCACGAAAUCCUCGAAAGGUUCUCCAGAGAGCCAAGCACGCCGCUCCUACACGUCGCUGGUCCUGGGCAUCCUGCUGGGCACUUUCAUCAUCUGUGGUGUGGCUGUCGGCCUCUUCCUGUGCACGGGCGGACGGCUGUGUUAACUACCCUCCGGUCCCCUCUGGAGAAGGGCUGGACCGAUGGGGGCUGACAAAGGAAAAUCUCAGCUCCCUGAAAAGCCAAACAUAGUCCCCACUUGGGACGUCAUAUCCCACAUUCGGAGUAUCAGCUUUCUUCUUCCAGAUCUGCCCACUAAGAGUUUGGGCGAGUGAAGGAGAGAAGGCUAGAUAGAUGGAGUACUUGGUUUACUAGGAAACUAAGUACUUGCAUGCUUCAUUGCAUUGAUUUGAGAAGUAGUGAAUGCUUGUCUGUCUUUGUGAAAAACAGAUGAUGGAGUUGUGGUAGUGGUGGUGGGGUCUAUGGCCCAUCCUCCAAAGACAGACAGAAUCACAUAACCUGUCAUCACAAAACCAAAAUAAAUAACGUUCAAUGCCUGCAGAUGUGUCAGACAUAGGAAGAGACAACGCUAUGAAGGAGGUAGAAAGAAAUAACUAGAGAUAUGGUAGGAGUGUAAAAUCCAAGUAAUAUGGGAACAAGGAGUUAUUAAAUAAUUGGUCAAUAAUAUUAAUAAAUUCCUUAUUUAUGUAUAGGACAUUAUUAUUUCCUCUACUUUGAAAAUUUUCUAGAAAAGUAGCCUAUACAGUUUGCUUCUACUUUCUUAUUUCCUGCCAGAGGUAAAAUGCACGAAAUUCAUGCAAGAGUAAGCCAGUCCCAGCUGCCUCAGUGCUCAUAGCCCCGGCUUCGUCCAGAAGGUGGUCCAGACAGUCAUCCAGACAGUCAUUCCAUUGUUCGGCAUUUGGUCAAUUUGCAUAUUACACUUUUAUUAUUAUAGAUGCACUCUUCAACCACUGCAGGAAAUAAUAACAUCUCAAUAAACUACUCCAAACUAAUUGUGGAAACUUCAGCUCCAUGAUGUCUGCACAUUUCACUUUGUGGACUAGAGCUAUUUUUACCCCAACUUCUGAAAUACCAUACUUCUAAUUUUUAAAAAAAUGUUCAAUCCCUUUGUCUACACCAUCUUACUCCAUUUAUCUUGGAAAUCAUAGCUUCCUUAGAAUUCCAUUUUUGGGCUCCUUUUAUUUCCCUUUAAUCUGUAUCUUUCUGGGCGACCUACUAACUUAACUUGCAUGGCUUCAAAUACCAUCUGUCUGUGGUGAUUUCUAUGGGGAAGCAAUAUAAUCUUGUUUUUGAGAGCAUGUAUUUUGUCAUCAGACAGACUUGAGUUUUACUUCUUUCACCAGGCAUUUUAACUUCUUCAAGUCUCAAUUUCUUCAUAAACAAACGGUAUAAUAAAAUACACAAAAAUGGUAUAUUAAAGAUAUGUACUUCACAAAGGUAUUAUACAUAUUAAAUAAGAAUAUAUAUGAUGUAUGUAUACAGGGUGGGGCAAAAGUAAGUUUACAUUUAUGAGUAUGUAAAACAGAGUUUAUUCUUGUAUUAUUAUUUAUUAAUUAUUGUAUUAUUUUUCAUAUGAACAAGUGUAAACCUAAUUUUGCUCCACCCUGUAUAGCACUUGCUGUUGACCUCCCCCAUAUGCAUUCAUUUUUGAAAAUCCUCUCUAUCAUAGUAUUUUGUAGACAUUUUAGAGUCAGCAUAUUCAAAAUAAACAUGUCUUUCUCCCCAAACCUGUUCUUUUUCUCCCGUGGUUUUACUGUCAGUUAAACAGAAUUACCACCAAAUCAUAUCAAUGUAAAGACUCCGUGUUAACUUGUGUUUACUCCCUCUUCAUCCCCCACCUACAAAAUACAAUGUCUGUAGAAUCCAUUCCCUCCUUUCUACUCGAUUGCUUUUGUUCCAGUUAUUAUACUUCAUCUCUUUCUUUGUGGUAGGCAUAGAGGUGUGCCACCCAGUUCUACCUUCAAGGAACUUGCUGUUCCAUUACAGGGAGUAUAGCCAGCAGGUAGCUUCUUGCUGCUUCAGUUCCUUCAGGGUAUGCCUCACCUACAGAGAACAGUCCUACACAAGGGCCGUCCUCAUUUGUUGGCUGAGCAAAGCAGGGAUGUAAAGGUGUAGCCAUUAUGGCCCAUGGCAGGACAAUUCUGAGGAGCCAUAGUCACUGCAGAGCUCCUAAUCAAGUUGACUGGAUCUAUAUCCGAUCUAUUCAAUCCUGCUUCCUCCCCUAGUUAAUAUCCUGCACCUCAAACUCUCUGUCAGCAUCUGCCUCCAAAAAAGCCAACCUGUGAUUGACAACCUCACUGUCUCCAAAUUGAGAAAUAUUCUCACUAUUUUGUCUGGACCAUGGCAAUAGCCUCUUCCUAAUUGUUCUCCUGGUCUCUAAUUUCUCUGAGUUCUGUUUCACCAUCUAUAUAACAAUUAAAUAAAAAUAAUUUGAUCAU